CGGUAAAUCUACAAAAGCAGAAAACUGGUUAGACGUUUGUCUGGCCCAGUCAACUUGAUUUGUAAUCCACUGGAGGACUUUUGCCCGUGGAUCACGCACUUAUUUAUCUGGAGUAACGUAUUAGCUAAGCUACUCUGUUGACUGCUUAGCUAGCGUUACUCGUCUUGCUGUUCAUUCAACCACGAAUCCAAAAUGUCGGAUUUUGAUGAAUUCGAGAGACAAUUGACAGAAAACAAGCAAGGUGUUGACAGUCUGAAUGGGCUCGAACGGGAUAAAGAGAACCGACACCGGAGACGCAGCUCCUCACGGAGCCGCAGCAGAGAGAGGAGGAAGAGGAGUCGAGACAGGAGGAGCAGGGAGCAACGCAGCUCCAGUAAAGAGCGACGACACAGGCGCAGCAGUCGCUCGCCCCAGCGGGAAAAGAAAAAGAAAGUGAAGAAGUAUUGGGAUGUGCCUCCCCCAGGCUUUGAGCUCAUUACACCCAUGCAGUAUAAAGCCAUGCAGGCUGCUGGUCAGAUCCCAGCUACUGCGCUCCUGCCCACGAUGACUCCAGACGGGUUGGCGGUGACACCGACUCCGGUGCCUGUGGUGGGCAGUCAGAUGACCCGCCAGGCCCGCAGACUCUACGUGGGCAACAUCCCCUUUGGCAUCACAGAGGAAUCCAUGAUGGACUUCUUCAAUGCUAAGAUGCAUCUGGGCGGUUUGACUCAGGCUCCGGGGAACCCAGUCCUGGCCGUCCAAAUCAACCAGGACAAGAACUUCGCUUUCCUUGAGUUCCGCUCGGUGGACGAGACCACUCAGGCCAUGGCGUUUGACGGCAUCAUCUUUCAGGGCCAGAGUCUGAAGAUCCGACGACCGCACGACUACCAGCCUCUGCCGGGGAUGAGCGAGAACCCCAGCGUGUAUGUACCAGGAGUCGUCUCCACAGUGGUUCCUGACUCUAUUAACAAGCUCUUCAUUGGAGGCCUACCAAACUACCUGAAUGAUGACCAAGUGAAAGAGCUGCUGACGUCAUUCGGACCACUGAAGGCCUUUAACCUGGUCAAGGACAGCGCCACAGGUCUGUCUAAAGGAUACGCUUUCUGCGAGUAUGUCGACCCCAACGUCAACGACCAGGCGAUCGCAGGCUUGAACGGUAUGCAGUUAGGAGAUAAGAAGCUGCUGGUACAGAGAGCCAGCGUCGGGGCCAAGAACGCCACUAUGACCAGUAUCAACCAGACGCCGGUCACGCUGCAGGUGCCAGGCCUGGCCAACAGCUCCGUGGUGCAGAUGGCAGGCUUGCCCACAGAGGUCUUGUGUCUGAUGAACAUGGUGGCUCCGGAGGAGCUGCUGGAUGACGAGGAGUACGAGGAGAUCGUAGAGGACGUUCGAGAUGAGUGCAGCAAGUACGGGCAGGUGAAGAGCAUCGAGAUCCCACGCCCCGUGGAUGGGCUGGAGGUGCCCGGGACAGGCAAGAUCUUUGUGGAGUUCACAUCAGUGUUUGACUCUCAGAAGGCCAUGCAGGGGCUGACGGGGAGGAAGUUUGCCAACAGAGUGGUCGUGACCAAGUACUGUGACCCUGACGCCUACCACCGCAGGGACUUCUGGUAGUGCCAGGGAGAGAAGGGGGCGGGGGGGGGAGGGUGAGCUAGUAUGAGGAGCUGAGAGGAAGGGAUGAACGGAAGAGGGAAGGGGGGUAGCGAGGUGUGAGAUGAGCUUUUUAGGGGAGACACAUUUUGUUUUUGAGGUUCAACAAAAUUUAAGAAAAGAGGGAGAAUGUUGAGUGACUGCCAGACAUUUUUGUUGUUGUUUUUGUUCUUAUUUUAAGAAUGUGGGGAACGGGAAGGGUUAAUCCUGUGUGUGUUGUUUUUUUUGUUGUUUGUUUGUUUUGGUUUUUUUUAAAUUGUGUGUUAGAGAGUUAAGGGAGAGAGGGAGGGCCAGACAAAAACCAUGAGAGGGCAGAGAUGUACUUGGUAGCUGUUUUUUAUUUAGCCGGCGCAGUCAAAAACAGAACCUAAAUUACAGCUGAUUACGGAUGAUGUAAUGAAACCGAACUGUCUUCCUGUCCCCAGUUCAUCUACCUGUUUUCCCUCCUUUCUAUACCUCUGUAGUCUAUUCGCUAUCUCUGCAGGUGUUUAGUUUUUUCUUUUCUGAGGGCUUUCAGACUGCAUCAGUCCAUCUCCCUCCUCACCUCACUGGCCCUUCACUCGCCCCUCACCCUCUCUUUUCUUUUUUCUUUUCUUUUCUUUUCUUUUCUUUUCUUUUUGUCAUUAGCUGUCGUCUCUUUUGAUAAACGUCACUGCCCUUUAAAACGGCAGAUGUGUCGGGUGAAGUGACGACGCCUUUGGGCGUCUGUAUGUUUGUGAUUGAGUUUAACAGCCCUCUUUUGAUAAUAAAAUUGUUGAAAAUGA